CGCCCAUUGUCUGGCGAGCAAGGGGCGGCACGGCACGGCGGGUACGCUCACGUCGUGGGUCGGGCGGGCGUCCGUGGCGUCCCGCGCCUCCGUGCAGGCCCCGCCCCGCGCCUCAGGACCGGCGGGGCCGGGCGCAUCCCGCGGCGGUGGCGGAGGCGGGCGCAAGAUGAUGAAGUUUCGGUUCCGGCGGCAGGGCGCCGACCCGCAGCGCGAGAAGCUCAAGCAGGAGCUCUUCGCCUUCCACAAGACUGUGGAGCAUGGCUUCCCCAAUCAGCCGAGCGCCUUGGCCUUCGACCCUGAGCUCCGCAUCAUGGCCAUCGGCACCAGGUCUGGGGCCGUCAAGAUCUAUGGUGCACCUGGAGUGGAAUUUACAGGCCUACAUCGGGAUGCAGCCACCGUCACCCAGAUGCAUUUCCUGCCUGGUCAGGGCCGCCUCCUGACCCUGCUAGAUGACAGCAGCUUGCAUCUCUGGGAGAUCAUCCAUCAUAAUGGCUGUGCCCACUUGGAGGAAGGCCUCAGCUUCCACCCCCCCAGCAGGCCCAGUUUUGACAAUGCCAGUUUCCCUGCCAGUCUAACCCGUGUCACUGUGGUCCUGCUCGUAGCUGGCAAUACAGCAGCCCUGGGAACCGAGAGUGGUAGCAUAUUCUUUCUGGAUGUAGCCACCCUGGCACUGCUGGAGGGGCAGACUCUCAGCCCAGAUGUGGUUCUGCGCAGUGUGCCAGAUGACUACCGGUGUGGAAAGGCCUUGGGCCCUGUGGAGUCACUCCAGGGACAUCUGCAAGACCCCAGCAAGAUCCUUAUAGGCUACAGUCGGGGCUUACUGGUCAUCUGGAGCCAGGCCACACAGUCUGUGGACAACGUUUUCCUGGGUAACCAGCAGCUGGAGAGCCUGUGUUGGGGCCGUGGUGGCAGCAGCAUUAUCAGCUCACACAGUGACGGCAGCUAUGCCAUCUGGUCCACAGACACUGGCAGCCCCCCAACGCUGCAGCCCACUGUAGUGACCACACCCUACGGCCCCUUCCCCUGCAAGGCCAUCAACAAGAUUCUGUGGCGGAGCUGUGAGUCAGGAGACCACUUUAUCAUCUUCAGUGGUGGCAUGCCUCGAGCCAGCUAUGGUGACCGCCACUGUGUGAGUGUACUGCGAGCAGAGACACUGGUGACCCUAGACUUCACCUCCCGUGUCAUUGACUUCUUCACGGUGCACAGCACACAGCCAGCGGAUGAAUUUGACAACCCCCAGGCCCUAGCCGUGCUUCUGGAGGAGGAGCUGGUGGUGCUGGACCUGCAAACGCCAGGCUGGCCAGCUGUGCCCGCCCCUUACCUGGCCCCACUGCAUUCGUCAGCUAUCACCUGCUCUGCCCAUGUUGCCAAUGUCCCCAGCAAGCUGUGGGCCCGCAUUGUAAGUGCUGGUGAGCGGCAGAGCCCACAGCCUGCCUCCAGUGCCUUGAGUUGGCCCAUUACCGGGGGCCGGAACUUGGCUCAGGAACCCUCGCAGCGUGGGCUGCUGCUGACCGGCCAUGAGGAUGGCACUGUACGGUUCUGGGACGCCUCUGGUGUGGCACUAAGGCCACUCUACAAACUGAGCACGGCUGGCCUCUUCCAGACGGAUUGUGAACACGCUGACAGCCUGGCCCAGGCUGUGGAGGAUGACUGGCCGCCCUUCCGCAAGGUGGGCUGCUUUGAUCCCUACAGUGAUGACCCUCGGCUAGGAAUCCAGAAGGUUGCGCUUUGCAAAUACACAGCCCAGAUGGUGGUGGCCGGCACUGCAGGCCAGGUGCUGGUGCUGGAGCUCAGUGAGUUCCCUGCAGAGCAUGCCGUCAGUGUGGCCAACGUGGAUCUUCUUCAGGAUCGUGAGGGCUUCACCUGGAAGGGCCACGAGCGGCUGAACCCUCACACAGGGCUGCUGCCGUGGCCUGCCGGAUUCCAACCUCGCAUGCUGAUACAGUGCCUCCCACCCGCUGCUGUCACCGCUGUCACACUCCAUGCUGAGUGGAGCCUUGUGGCCUUUGGUACCAGUCAUGGCUUUGGCCUUUUUGACUACCAGCGCAAGAGCCCUGUGCUGGCUAGGUGCACCCUUCACCCCAAUGACUCUUUGGCCAUGGAGGGGCCACUGUCACGGGUGAAGUCCCUCAAGAAGUCACUGCGACAGUCAUUCCGGCGAAUCCGCAAGAGCCGUGUCUCAGGCAAAAAACGGGCUCCUGCUGCCAGUAGCAAGGAGGCCAAUGCCCAGCUGGCCGAGCAGACCUGCCCACACGACUUGGAGAUGACACCCGUGCAGCGCCGCAUCGAGCCUCGGUCUGCUGACGACUCGCUCUCCGGUGUUGUGCGCUGCCUCUACUUCGCUGACACGUUCCUUCGAGAUGCGACCCACCACGGGCCCACCAUGUGGGCGGGCACCAACUCGGGCUCUGUGUUCGCCUAUGCGCUGGAGGUCCCAGCAGCCACAGCAGGUGGAGAGAAGCGGCCUGAGCAGGCAGUGGAGGCUGUGCUGGGCAAGGAGGUACAACUGAUGCACCGAGCGCCCGUGGUGGCCAUUGCUGUGCUGGACGGUCGUGGCCGGCCACUGCCUGAGCCCUAUGAGGCUUCCCGGGACCUGGCCCAGGCGCCAGACAUGCAAGGCGGCCAUGCUGUGCUCAUUGCAUCCGAGGAACAAUUCAAGGUGUUCACACUGCCCAAGGUGAGUGCUAAGACUAAAUUCAAGCUGACAGCCCAUGAAGGCUGUCGUGUGCGGAAGGUAGCCCUGGCUACGUUUGCCAGUGUGAUGUCUGAGGACUACACUGAGACCUGCCUUGCCUGCCUCACCAACCUGGGUGACGUCCAUGUCUUCUCGGUGCCUGGCCUGAGGCCUCAGGUGCACUACUCCUGUAUCCGGAAGGAGGACAUCAGCGGCAUCGCCUCCUGCGUCUUCACACGCCACGGCCAGGGCUUUUACUUGAUUUCUCCAUCGGAAUUUGAGCGCUUCUCACUGAGUGCUCGCAACAUCACAGAACCACUCUGUUCUCUGGAUAUAAGCUGGCCCCAAAAUGCCACCCAGCCCAGGCUUCAAGAGUCACCCAAGCUGAGCCAGGCUAAUGGGACCAGAGACAUCAUUCUGGCCCCGGAGAGCUGCCAAGGAAGCCCUAGCUCUGCCCACAGCAAGCGAGCCGAUACCACGGAGCCACCCGAGGCUACUCUCUCGCCUGUGUCCAUUGAUUCAGCUGCUAGUGGGGAUACCAUGCUGGACACGACAGGGGAUGUCACCGUGGAAUAUGUGAAGGAUUUUCUGGGGUGAGGCCUGCUGCUCUCUCCCAAGCCUCCAUCCCCAGGGCGACUAGGGGGUCUUCUUACCCCAGCCCUUCUGAUUACUGCCCCUCCCCAGCUCUCCUGAGGACUCUGAGAAGAACCUGCGGAACCUGGAGGCAGAUGAUGCUUGUCGGGCCUACACCCUUCUGAUUAAAUGAGGUGCCGUGGGGCAGCCUGGCCUUACCACACAGCAGCUGCCAUCCCUCACUCCAGCUGGAACCCUGCAGGCCUCUCUAAUGGUGUCAUUCCUUGAAGCCUAGCUCUUCCUCUGGCUGUCAGGCAUAGGGGACCCACAGUCAUGAAAGGGCCUGGCAGCACUGAAAUCCUGUGCAUUUAGAAGGCCACCUCUGAUCCUGUGGGUGUAGGAGUUGAUGUUUAUCUGGUUCAUAGAGCCCAUUUCACAGAAGAGUCACUGAGGCUGAUAGGUCCUGCCUAUUGAGCCAGUACAUGGACCUUAUGUGCCCCUACCAUAUCUUGCUAUGGACCCAGCCUAGCUGGAGACUGGAGCUCUCUGGACCUCAGUAGCUAGUGCCUCUGCAGCCUACAUUGGGCAUAGAUAACUAACCAUACCCUCUUCUACUUGGUACCCUCCUAGAUCCCCAGCAAGCCCAUCUCAGGCUGUCACUGAAAGGGCCUGCCUACCCUGCAGGCAGGAAUGACCUGGGUUUGCUCCCCUUAGUCGUCACCAUCUGUCGGUCUUGCCUAGCCCCUUAACACUGACCCUUCUUACUGAUGCUGGGCCCUGAAUACAUCCCAGCUUCAAGCUCGGCUGGAGGGUGCGAGCAUCCUCUCCCACUCCAUAUUGUACUGCCUUUCUCCUCAAGCAGAGUAUUUUUCUAAUGCCUGGACUGCGCUGGCCAGUCAUUUCUAAAGCAGUUUUGGUACUUGCUCCUGGCCUGUGUGUAUUGUGUGCUCAUGUGACUAGAGACUGCUGGGCAUCAUGACUGAAGUCAGUCAGAGGUGUGUGUGUGCGUGUGUGUGCGCGGCAGUGAGGAUGGGCUUCCCUGUAGAUGUCACCUUCGGCUUUUCUGUCUUUUUUAAAAAACUAGUUGUUUUAAUAUUAAAAGUACUGAUUUUUUUAAUAUUGAAAAUAAAAGCAUUUAAUAUCUUUUAAACUA